AUGGAGUCCGAGUCCUUGGGCCGUACUGACACCGCCGAAGGCCCGGGGACUAUGGAGGCCUUCGAGGAAGCCGAGCGCAGUCAGGCAGCGUUUUCCGAACUUACACAAUCUAGCUUGCCUUCCCUGUUGGCAAGCGCUGCCGACUCCAGUCUCACCGCUACAAGGCACUUUAUGUAUGGAGAGGAAUUCAUGUCAACUGAACAGGCUAGGACCGACGUAGCAGGCUCACCGCCUUUGCCGCAGAAAAACAAGGUGGGACGUAGGGUGCCAUCCCCCACCCUUAUCGCUGCGAUCCUCUUCUCCGUUACAUGCUUGGGGUUGCUCACAGCCAGACCCCUGGCAGUAUCUGGCAUUUCAAGGUUAGAAAUGGCACUUCACGGCCAGAAGAAGGUGCAGGAGACGCAUCCGGUGGAGCAACAGGGGCAGCAAGAGAAGAAGCAGCAGGAACAGCAGACACAUGAACAGCCGCAGCAACAAACGCAGCAUCAGCAGUACGAGGGGAGAGGGGCUGAAGAGAGAUUGCUGUUGCAGGAUUUGGAUUAUGUGCAGGAGUUCGAUUCCGUGGUUACCCUACUGGCUGAAACCUUGGGGGUUGGUGAUGACCGUUCGCAGUCUGCUAUUCAAGACGUUCGCAAGUCCUUAGACAGGGCCAAGGAGGUACAGAAGAAGGUCCUGGAGGGUUCUAUAGCCCGGAAACAAGCGCUGAGGAUGGCGCGACAAACGGAGAAUGUUCAGCCUCCUCCUGAAAUUUCGUCUCAGGAGCUAGAGGCACUAGCACGUGUGGACUUAGAAGCCACAGAUUCCCUCGCGUAUCAUAUGGGGAAUCUUAUGUUUUCUUACCAGUCGUCUAUGCGGCAGGCUUCAAGGGCUCAAGCAGAUCUCAAGGUGCUAGCAGCAGGGACCGGCAAGAGCAAGGCGGUGCUAUCUGCAGUUGCAACAGACGCAGAAAUUCUGAAAGGAGCACUUGAAAUUGCACAGGCGGGGAGACAGUCUACUGUUGACUUGACAGCUGCUGCAACUACGUUGAUGCUGUCUCACGCCAUACGAAAGGAACGGGACAUUACGUCUGCAAACGCUACAAGCCAGAAGGCAAGAGAAGUGAGUAAAGAGCUGGAGGUAUUGCUGGACGCCGUCGCCUUUCACAUUAGCGGGAUCCCCGACAGUGCGGAGGAAAACGAAACUAUUAUCAGCCCAGAGCAGCGGUUCAUAAUGAAAAAAGUAGCAACAAGGGCCAGCCAGGAAGCAUCAGCUGCCGCUAAGAGAGCGGCAGACAUCCUACGAGGGAUACUGUCUCGGGGGGCUGCCCAUCAAAUGCAGAACCGUACAGACUGUAUUAACCCUUCUAUUAUGAAAGAACUGCAUCAUUCACUGGAGCUGGUUGGACACAGGAUACAGCUAGCCUGUAACCAGGCCCUCGGUGCAGCAGCAAGGGCAAAGCGAGAGAGUAGCGGCUCAACAAACCAUAUGAAGGAAUUACUUUUAGAGUCUCUAGAAGUUGACGUACAGCUAAGCGUCAGUGUGGCACGAAGAGCAGCAGCAGCAGCAAAGCGACUCCAGCAGCAGAUGUGGGAUUUUGACAUGGCUUCUAGUAGAAUAGGGCAGGUUGAAACUGUGCUGAAGCAAGUGGACGCCUUAGCGGGUUCGGCUAAGUUUCAGCCAGACCUGAAGGGCCUAGCAUCGACAGCAGCAGCUCUGAAGGGAGCAGUAGUACAGCUCGUCACAUUGGUUCAGUCGGCCCAGCAGAGCCAAACCGGAAUUUUGAUUCUCUGA